GAAGCUCGACAGAGGGCAGCCCGCCACAGCUACGAGGAGCAGCAUGCACAACAAGUCCAAGAGAGGAUCAAGGACUUUUGGAGAGCUUCCCAGGCUGACUGCACAUGCUUAGGGGAAUCUGCCGUUCGUGAUUCGCAAGACGACAGUGAUCAAAAUUGUCGUUACUGUAUCAGCACAGACGAGGGUGGCGAUGUCGCCAGGGUCACAGGAAAAUGUCUGAAUGCUGAUUGCAAGGUGUGUGCAGUGAUGAACAAGCUUGACAAAGUCACAUUGGCGGUACUUGGCGAAGUACGCAACACACACCAUUUAUUGUGCAGUGCUUGA